UCCCGGCUGAUUCGGCCGUCGCUAGGAGGUUCGGCCCCGGGGCAGGCGGGGGUUUGGCGGCUGCCUGGAGUCUGAGCUCGUCCUUGCUCGGAAAACUCAGUGCUGCUGAGACGUACCUGCAAACUACACGCAGCGUUAGCCUAAAUCGGUUCCUGUCGGAAUUCCGCGUAAGAGUGUCCCUUAAAGGGUGUCUCAGACUGAAGAGCUGCAGAAGAGGGAACCAUGUCAUUAACAGCUGGUUUGAAAACUGAUUAUGAGAGGUUGCUUCUGCACUUUCAGCAAACUGGAAGUGUGCGCUAUGAGGAGUUCUCUGCCAUCUGGCGAGACAUGAAGUUCUCUACUAUCUUUUAUGGAAAAAUGGGCAAAAUUGACAGGAGGACUUUCGCAAGGGAAGCACUAGCUCUGGCAAGUCGAUACUUUUUCCCUCCUUACAGCUUUCAGAUCCGGUUAGGAGGCUUGUACCUUCUUUAUGGACUAUACAAUACACAGCUCUGUCAACCUAAGGAAAAGAUAAGGAUAGCAUUGAAGAAUUGGGAUGAGGUGGUCAGUUGUCAAGAAGAAAUGGUGAAUGCAGAACAUUUUGAUGCUGUGUAUAUUCUGAAAAAACUUCUAAAUGACAAAGCUUUCCAUUUCACAGCAAUGCCAACAUUGCUAACUUACAAUAGAAAGAGGAAAAAAUUGCCCAAUGAUGAUGUUAAUGAGAACUUACGGGAAAAGUCUAAUUUGGUGUCUGAGCUGAUUAGUGCUGAAGCUUUAGAGGAACUAACAAAUGUCCAUGAACAUUAUCAAGCUAUGAAACAUACGAUCUCUGCAAACAAAACACAGCUGGACAAAGCACUAAGCUUAAUUCGAGGGAACUUCGUGUCAGAUCUGAAGAACAUUGCAGUGGAAUUCCAACAGUGGCAAGAGAACAAGAACUUAAACUUAACUGACCAGCCAGGAAUCCCUGUUCCUGAAGAUGAUGAGCCUGAAGCACACAAGGGUUCCAGGCGUGCACAGACCCUAGCAGAGAUAAAGUCAAAAUCAUAUAAUUCCGUAGUCAAGGUCUCAAGAUCUAGGCGGCACCGGCAAGUAAAAACUGAGUCUGAUCAGACAACCGAAAAGAAACCUCCAGAAGUGAGAAAUUCAUCAGUGAAAAAUCGAGCCAACAAGAAAGAAUCUCCACGAUCCAAGAGAAGACGAUGACAAUGAAGACAAUUUUGAAUAGUACAUGUAGAAUGAUUGGGGUCAAACAAUAAUCCCUUCAGCAACUCCAGUGGGGUGGUCAGAAGUAAAGCUAUCUUUGGAACUAAGCAGAUCAAAGUAGCAAUCACAUCACAACAUUACAAUGCUGGUGGUUUGGAUCUAUGUUGCACAUUAAAGUUUUAUAUUUUCUCUGUUGAAAAUGGAUAAAUAUCUUUUUUUUAAUGUUAUUAAAGCAAAGUUUUGAAUUACAUUCAAGUACUGAAUUGUAAGAGAUCCUAGAUUUGUCUUCAAGUCUUGUAAUGUGAAAUUCAUGCAGUUCGCUCCAGUGGUUAAAGAAGGUAGGUUUAGGGAAAAUUGUGCACCCUGCCUCUUUCCCCACCUUAAUGCAAUUAUCACUUGUUCUUCGGAGUAAAACUUUCUGUACUGUGUCCCAACAACUGAUGGACACAGAAGAGUACUGUCAGUUGAACCAAUGUGAUGCCUAAAUUAAACUUGGUUGGAUGGAACAAUUAGUGGAGAAAAAAAUUUAUCUUUUAUCCUUGCCCUUA